AUGCCCCACUCAACUCCGAAUCCUCAAGUAGAAAACGAAGAUAUUGCUACUGACAAAACCAGAAUUGAGGACAAUCGCGCUCCUCAGCGGUGGACCCUGAUUAUCCUCGUAAUAUCCCUGAAUGUGGCUACCUUCAUAGCAGCACUCGAUAAUACGAUCGUCGCGACGGCAAUUCCGACUAUCACUUCUGAAUUUCAUUCCAUUGGUGACGUAGGCUGGUAUGGUAGCAUCUACAUGCUUGCCAUGACACCGUUACAACCAAUUCUGGGAAGCAUCUACAGCAUGUUCAACGCGAAAUAUGUUUACAUCUCAGCUAUAGUCAUAUUUGAAGUCGGCUCCAUUAUCGGAGCUUCUGCAUCCCGCUCCUCAGUUCUAAUUAUUGGUAGAGCUAUUGCCGGAGUAGGCGCAGCGGCUAUCUUUGCAGGAGGAAUGGCCAUCGUCACAAACCUAUUUUCAAGAGACCGACGCCCGAGGUAUAUUUCAUUUUUGCAAAGUAUGUUCGGGAUGGCAAAUAUGGUUGGACCGCUUUUAGGCGGCCUUUUCACGAACGUCUUGUCUUGGCGAUGGUGCUUCUGGGUGGUUAUGAUUUCAGAUGACAUUGUCAGGCUUUGCUUAAAGAAAGUUCUUCCGCAGAUAAACGCACCGUUCGGUUUCGUGAUCGUGUUGGUUGUCCUCUUUUGUUACAGAGAUCAUGGUGGAAAUCGACAGAAACUAUCGGAGACACUCACUAUUCAUGAAAAGAUCUGUCGGAUGGAUAUACUAGGAUCAACAUUACUAGUUGCAAGUGUGAUCUGUAUGCUUCUAGCAUUACACUGGGGUGGCACAAGCUACAGUUGGAAUAGCCCCAUGAUAAUAUGCCUUGUCAUAUCCGCUGCAGUACUGAUUUGUGGGUUCGGUAUUGCACAAUAUAUGCACCCUCAAAGGGCAAUCAUCCCAUUUCGACUCGUCUCUAAACGCCCAGUCUGCGCCAGUGCGCUGUAUGUAUUCUUUUUGACCAUCGGUCGAUUCACACACAUAUAUUAUCUUCCAUUUUAUUUCCAGGUCUGCAAGGGAGUCUCCCCAAUCGGCUCUGGUUUGCGCUUUCUACCAUACUCAGUUGCUGCAACUCUGUCUACCAUUGUGUUGGGUGCCACGAUUAGCUCUAUCGGGCUUUACGCAUUUGUUCAACUAAUUGGCGCAAUGCUUUUCACGGUCGGCUCUGUUUUCAUUGCUUUCCUUCAGUUGAAUACCUCUACAGCAAGGUGGAUAAGCUAUCAAAUUCUGGCAGGAGCCGGAGCAGGAGCAGGCGUCCAGACACCCUACAUAGUCGCUCAGGUCGCGGUAUCUUCUGGGGACGUACAUACUGUCAAUGCAAUUAUCAUGUUCAUGACUGGUUUAGGUGGCGCACUCUCGGUGUCAAUUGCCCAGAACAUCUUCGGUACAGUCAUCCUUAAAGAAAUUCCAAAGUACACCUCAGGUGCGCACGUGGACUUUGAAGACAUCUUGAACUUGGACGGUGUCCAGUUUCUUCACUCCACUGAAGGAGUAGCUACGGAUCAGAAAGAGGUGGUUUUGCAAGUGUUUACACAUGCUUUGGAUAAGACUUUCAGUAUUCCCAUCUUCGCUGGGUCUAUAUUGAUCAUGUUUGACAACGGUGAUAAUGUAGGCAUUGAACUGUCAAGUGCAAAACUCGUGGACACAACGAUGGCGGAACAAUACAGAAUCAAGGCGAUGCCAGGAUAG